AUGGGUAUAGCGAGAGCGAGUCUGAUUCUUCUGGUUUUCGUGGUCGUUGUGGCUACGAGCGAUGAAGUAUUUGACAAAUAUUAUCAACCCUUAUGGGGAGCUGAUCAUAUGAAUGUCACUGAUCAAGGAAAAGGAGUGCAACUUGUUAUUGAUACCUCUUCCGGGUCUGGAUUUAAAUCAAAACAAGAAUAUUGUUCCGGGGUAUUCAGAAUGCAAAUCAAGAUAUCGGAGAAGAUAACCGGAGGAGUUAUUACUUCUUUUUAUCUAAUAUCUGGAGGAGGGGCUAACGGAAAUCACGAUGAGAUUGACUUUGAAUUCUUAGGGACAAACGGGACCUUGCAAACAAAUGUGUUCGCAAAUGAUGAAGGUCAUAGAGAGGAGUUGGUUAAACUAGGGUUUAAUCCUUCUGCAGACUUUCACACUUAUGAACUUAAUUGGAGUGCUAAGAAAAUAGUGUUCAAGGUGGAUUAUAAGACGGUAAGGACAUUCAAUUACCCCGUGAAUUACAAAUCGAGGCCUUUGCAUGUGGAGGCGACAGUUUGGAAUGUAUCAUGGGCUGGAACUGUAGAUUGGUCUAAGGCUCCUUUUACGUCAUACUAUAGAGGGUUCUACAUUAAUGGAACUUCCUGCAAAUAG